AUGUUCCGAACUUUACUUUGGUUAAACUUCCUGUCUCUUUCAUCAUUUUCUAACGGUGAACAAGAUCAGUUUGAUUUAAAAAAUGCACGUCAAGCUCUUUGUCCAAUUGUUGGCUUUCACGGGAUGUUCUGUCCUGGCGAUGAGACCACUACUAUUCCUGCCAGUAAAAGAUUAAAACUGGCCACAUCUGAACCAGUGGAAUUACCAAACAGUGUGGGUAUGGGUAUAGAUAUUAGUACCGGUGAUGUAUUAUUACCGGUACUAGAAUUGUCUAAAGGCAGUGAAAUAUGGACUGAUAAAGAAUCGGGAGGAAGGUUCCUUGUACCACUAGGAUUAACAUUAACAGAAAAACAUAAAACUGAAGAUUCUGUGAAAGUACGUCUAUUUUCUACUGAAACAGAUUUAGUUAAUGUUUGGUUAAAAAAUGCUGAAGAAGGUGGAUGGACUGGCGGGCAACUGGCCGGUGUUGAAAAUAUAGCCGAUGUCUACCAAAAAUAUUUUAAAGAUGAUCAGUCAAUGGCUAUAACACAGGAUUUUCAAGUACUGUACGCAAUCAAUGUUACAAAUGAAUCAAAUUUAAAGUUAAAUAAAUACGCGCAACGGGCUGUCAGUGUAUUAACAAAUGAUUACGACCAAACGUUGUAUGAAAGUUUUCUCGAUGCAUGGGGUACACAUGUCAUACUAUCGACAAGAGUUGGUGGUAUGAAAGAACAACAAAUUCAAUUAAAGAAUUGUAUUCUACAUACCACAGAUAUUAGCGAUGGUCUAUCCAGAGAAGUUUUAGAAGAUAAUUUGAAACAAGAACUAUUAGAACAACAACCGUGUAUUGAUCGUUACUAUUAUUCGAGACGUAAACGUUUAUUAGAUCAUCGUAUUGGAGGUAAUAUACUUCUGAUCAAUAAUAAUACAGAUGAUACAGAUGAUAAUCUAUGGAAAACGACUAUUGUACAGGAUCCAGCACUACUGAGUGUUCAAAAAUACAUACCAUGGUAUGACUUAAUUGAAAACGUAAAAGUAAAAGAUAAUUUGAAGAAGGCAGUUAAUCUACGCAUUAAUCGCCAGAGUUUGAUACGUACACAACAGGUUCAACAGAUACGCGAUGAGCGUAGACAAAUGGUGUUGAGAGCUAAAGUGAUUCGACAGUCAAAUGGCUAUGAAUGGACAGUUGGAAAUGAUAUUGAUUUGCAAAAUGUUGUUCAAUGUACAACAAAGUUGGAUACCUCACAAUUGAUUGCACAGUGUAAUACGGCUACAAUGAUGAGUGCAUGUGCAUUGGGUUUAAGGGAUAGUAUUACACAGACAAUUUAUAUUGAAACAAAACAAGUACCUGUAUGUUAUGAACGUAAUAAUAUGACGGGAACGUUUCGUGCUGUUGCACGACGACAGUAUGGUGAACGAAAUGACACAGUUCGUACUGGAUUUAUAAAUCGUGAUGUGACUGGGGAAUGGAGUGAAAGUGGUGGUUGUUCGACAAUUGUUGAUAAAUGUGAUUUAUAUUCUGGUUCAGAUACAGUUUAUCUGUGUAGUGGUUGCAACGUCGAGUGCCAAACAAAUCAAAAUACUCAGAGACCAAUAAAUUGUAAAUGUUCGUGUCCGACGUAUCCAAUCGAUUAUGAUGCGAAGCCCUAUUUACCGUAUUGUUAG